AUGCCGGCCGCUGCAUCACCGAAAUGCCAUCCGGCCAACCGGCGGUUCCAUGACCACCUGGAGAGACUUCGACUGGAAGCAGGAUCCAAGAGGUACUUCUCGCAGGAGAAGACCUACUUCCGUGCCAUCCGGGCAGUCCGGCGCUAUCCCCUGCCACUGCGCAGUGCGCACGAGGUCACAAGCCUCGACGGCGUGGGCAAAGCCUGUGCCCGGAUCUUUGAGGAGAUUCAGCAAACGCAGGCAGUGCCGGAGACACACGACGCAGAAGCAGAGUGGAGAAAGUGCUGUAAACAGCGACUGGAAAAGGCCUUGUGCAAGGGCCAGCCUGGAAAGCCUGCAGGCAAACCGAGCCACACCUUCGCUAGACGGACAUAUGGUGGCCGGGGUGCGAAAGGCCGCGGGCGCGGGCGGGGCCGAGGAAAACAGGUGGUGGAGGAUGCGGAUGACCAGCCCUUAUGUUUGCUGGCACCAACCCCGCCCCGCACGCCGCGCUCGAAUGCGCAGCUAGUAGCGGUGACACCGGAAAGCGCCUUCCGCCCGACCCACUCGCCGCUGGCUUCGCAGACCUCGCUGGAGCGGUCUCCGCUGCAAGGCGGCUUGCAGCAGCUGGUGCAAUUCGAGGUUCCGGAGCUGCCGGAGGUGCCAGAGCUGCCUGUGCCACUUGCAGAUCCGGGUCUCCAUGCAGUCAAUGCAGUGGAGUGCCGCAAGCGCCCGCUCAGGCGCUCCGUGUCUUCGCCUGCGCGGCCCAAGCGCCAGCUGCUCGCAACAAAGCGCCUUGGGUGCGGCGAGCGGCGCGGCAUGGCUCCGCUGCUGGAGCCCCGGCAGCGCAUCGCCGGUGAGCAGUUUGAGCCGUGCCGGCCCAAUGACCCCAAGUGGAGAGCCAAGCACGGCGAGCUGCGGGCGGACCUGGGGCCCAUGUACUCGAUCGUCAACCUCUCCUACUCGGAUGGCCUGCCUGCCGUGCAGUGCCAGGCGGAUGGCUCUGGCGUGGCCACCUACCUCUCUGGGCGCAAAGCGGUGUGCGUGAUGUCACACCAUCAGUCCCGGCGCUUCAGCUGCUUCCUCUUCGCCCCGUCGGAGGUGGCGGUGCGCAGCGCAGUGCCGGAGAAGGACCGUCCCAGCUAUAUGCCGGCGCACGUGGACGACGCCAAGAGGCGCCGGACGCGGCACCUGGGCGCCUUGGAUGAGUGGGGCAAAGGGGUGCUGGAGUCGCUGCCCGACGGCGCCGGUCAGCGGGGCAGUUACGAGGUGACCGGCACCCACGUGACCGUGGUCACGGCUGGUGGCGCAGGCAGCCGUGUGCGGGUGCCACGGAACAAGGCGGAGGGGGAGCCGCUGUCUCUCAGACUGUGCCCGGAGCUUGCGGUCUCCUACAAUGCGGCCACAGGAACGACGGCCGUUGACUUCAGCAGCGGAGGAGUGUCCUACACCUUCCACAUUGGCGAGGUUUGGCGCUUGGGUCGCUCUCCAGCAACCAACCCCCGGGAGAUCCACGAGCAGAUCGCGCUGAGCUCGCAGAACGCGUUGGACAGUUCCUGCAGCGUUCUGACAGAAGGCACAGCGCUGAUGGAGAAGACGCUGAAGAACACAACUUCUUGCCUCUCCCUGUCUACUGGCAGCGGCAAAACGCUCAAGAAGUCAUCAUCAGAGUCUACCAUGCGGCUGCCUCUGGAAGCCUUCAAGCAGAUGAGCGAAGGGCGACUAGAUUUUACUCAGGAUCACGACCUGAAAAAGAAGCUCUCGAGCAAGGUGCAUCCGACGCUCCGAAAGGUGCCGGUGAGUAGAGCCUUGAGGGAGGGCUACCUGUGGCCCGCAGCUCACCCAGGGAAGCCCCCCGCGGAGCCGCUGCGCCUCUGCGAGCCGCAGACCUUGCAGCGCCUCUCUGUGGCGGAGCUGCAGAAACGCGUCGCAAGCCAAGAGGGCGGCCAGGUGUUGGCGGCGCUGGUGGUGGCGUCUUGGGCCACGCAGUCCGUCUUCAGCUCCUCCGCGCGCGCGGAGGUCGUGGCGCAGGCCGCCUACUCGGAGCUGAAGGCGGGCGGAGAGGAGCGGCUGCAGUUCUGCGUGCUGGAGCUGGCGGAGGCGGGGGCCAUCCACUCCAGCACCAAGUUCAACAACCCAUUGGUCACCAGCUAUGGCGUCAAGGCCUGGGACGGCCAUGUUCCGGUGGACCUAGGGGUCAAGGAGGCGCCCUGGCUGCUGCUUUUUGCGCAGGGGGAGCUGGUCUUCAGCGAGAACCCCCAGGGCCCCCGCAGCGGCGGCCUGGGCUUCGCGGCGCGGCUCAGGUACUUGGCCUUUGCUCAGCCCCAGGUCCUGAUCGUGGAGCCCGUGGCGAACCCGGGCUCCAUGCAGCUGGCGGCGCAGCAGAACGCCCUGGAGUCUAGCGGUGGCCUCUUCAGAGCGAAGAGCGUGGUGAACAACUUCCAGCUUCAGCUGCAGACCCAGGAGGUUCUGAAGCGUGCAGGCUACAGCUUUGAACUCGCGGUCACCACCACCGACGCCUUGCGCCUCAGCGCCUGCGCGAACCCGCCCUACGGCGUUUUGCUUUGCAGCUCGCAGGUGAGCGCUGGGGCCUACUCAGAGCUGGCCCUGCGGAUGCGGCAGCGGAAUCCGCAGCUGCUGGCUUUCAUUUGCCAUGAUGGCAAAGCGCUCGGCGAGUUGGACGACGCCUUGCAGAGCGUGGUGCGGGAGAAAGAGCUGGCGCAGGGCGUGAUCUAUCGGCCCAUCACGAAGAGCUCCUUCCUGCGUUCCCUACGUGGACAUCCCGAAGCGGGCGUCCACUACCCCACCUGCGGCGUGGUCAAGGAAGACCUCGUGGAGCUGCUCAAGAAGAAGCUGAACAGCUCCGAGCCGGCGCCGGCGCCGCGCCAGGUGAAGCCGCCGGUGCCCAGGGCGCGCCUGCCGGCGCCGGGGAAGCUGGUGCUGCUGCUGGACCACCGGGAGGUGGGCGCGGGCAAGGAGCACGCGCUGCGGGGCGCCAUGCUGGCAGAGCUGCAGAAGAAGCUGCCCGGCGCCGUCGAGGCUCGAUCGCUGCCUUUGGGGGACAUGAUGUGGAUCUGGCGGCACCAGGGCCUGGAGCUAGUGGCAGGGUGGAUCGUGGAAAGGAAAACCUUCGUGGACCUUAGCAGCUCCAUCAUGGACGGACGCUACGAGGAGCAGAAGGCCCGGCUGCUGGACGCGCCGGGGCUGGAUGGCGUGGUGCUCAUGGUGGAGGGCAGCGGAGCCCUGUUCGGCGUGGAGGAAGGGGGUCGCAGCCCCGCCGGCUUCGGCGCGCGCCUGGCGCCGCGCCUGGGCGCCGGCACGCUGGCGAAGAGCGCCGCCCACACGCAGCUCAUCUCAGGAUUCCACGUCCUCCACAGCGCUUCAACGCCCCACAGCGUGGCGCUGCUGGCAUCUUUGCAUGGAGUACUUGCGCAGCGCGCAGAGGGCGGCUGCGGGUCAGGACCAGGAUGGGUUCCCUACGAGGAGUUUGCAGAGCGCACCAAGAAGCACGGCCAGCGCCGUGUCUUCGAGGCAGCGAGUGCCGAUGGAUUGUGA